CAACCACUGUUAUCCAUUGCGAUCAACCUUCUUUGGUGAUGUGAACUUGGGCUGCAUGCCGCAGAAAAAAUCUUUACUAUUCGAAAGGCGCAGUCGAGCGGUUGAUGUCACGUGAUCAAAGUUGGUCAAAAUGGCGGCCCCCACGAAGGUGGAGAUAACUGUUCAAAUGUCUUGUCAGGGGUGUGUUACUGCAGUAGAGAAGGUGUUGAAAAAUACAAAAGGAGUUAAGUCCUUUAACGUUAACUUGGAAAAGGAACAGGUUCUCAUUGAAAGUAACCUCCCUUCUUCAAGACUUCUUGAAAUAAUAGAAUCAACCGGGAAGAAAGCUGUUCUUGUUGGAUAUGGCUCAUCCACAGGAACUGAGAAUUUGGGAGCUGCAGUUGCAAUGAUAGAGUCAGGCAGCAAGCUGAUCAGAGGAGUUAUACGGUUUGUCCAGUCAGACGAGAACAGAUGUGUUAUAGAAGGCACCAUAGACGGUUUGUCACCAGGUCAUCAUGCUGUCUGUGUACAUGACAUGGGAGAUUUGACCAAUGGCUGCUUGAGUUGUGGCAGUGUCUUCUCUGGCAUAGCGGGACAAAGGCAAUCCACAGAGGCUCGUCCCAUCCUCCUCCAAAAGUUUUACCAGCUUAUCCAGAGAGUUUCCCCAGCUCCAGCAAAGCCGUACGGCCUCAUUGGAGACAUAGAGGCAAGGGAGAAUGGCAGAGCUGUCUUCCGGGUGGAGAAAUCUGAUUUCCAUGUGUGGGAUGUGAUAGGAAGAUCUACAGUUGUUCAUGAGGGAAGCCUGAAGUAUGUGAAGGAAAAUGAUCAGGAAGACAAGAAGAGGUUAGCUUGUGGAAUUAUUGCACGAUCAGCUGGACUGUUUGAGAACAGUAAAAAGAUCUGCGCAUGUGAUGGACUGACUGUGUGGGAUGAGAGGGAUGUACCUGCGGCUGGGGGGAGUAGACAGUCCAAGAGAUCUUGACAAUCACAGCUCUGACUGCUCAACAAACAGUGCUUUUCUGAGAUAUGCUACUUUUGACAUCUCUCACUUGCAACUCUCAUGAUGUUGACUUUCUUGGAUGUACAUUGUACUAAAUUCCUCACCUUCAACAAUUUUUUCUCACAGCUCUCGGUAUGUUGAUUUUUCUAGAAAGAGCUAAAGGCCUCACCUGUGACAACUAUCACAGCUUUUGGGGAGUUGCCUAGCAGCCUCAUCUCUGAUAGUCUUUUCAUUUCUUUGGCAUAAUGAUGUCAGAUUGUCUUAGUGUGAUUCAUAAAACCUUGUUUCUGAAAAGAGCUAUUUGUGUACCACAGUUUUAUUUUCUUUAGUGUAACAUUUUAUUAAGCUUUUAUAUCAAAGUGUUAAACAAUUGCAGUUAUUAUUUUCCAUCCACGGUACAUCUGUCCAUAAAUUCUUUCAUAAUCUAUGUUUCACGCUUAUAUAUUUGAGUUUUUUUUUUCUUUUACUCUUAAUGCAAAGUGAUAGAAUGAUAGAAAGGUUUGAGGUAUGUGAGUGAGCUGUUCAUUCAAGUAAGGCUACAGUAUAUAAUAUUUUAAUUUUAUUUUAAUUUAAUUUUAGUGAAAACAUGGAAAUAUAUUACCCAAGAAGUCAUCAGAUGUACCGGUAAUAUAAAUUAGAAAUAUUUUAAACCAAGACAAUGUAAUCAGAUUUAAGGAUCAGAGACUAGAGUGUUACUGUUUUGUUAUGUGCCAUGUCAUCAACAUAUAAAUGCUAUGUCUGCAAGUGCUCUGUGUGAGUAUUGCUUCAUACACAUAAUGGUUAAGCCCUAUAAUUAUUGUAGGUCUACAUUUUUAUAUACAGAAUGUCAAAAUAUUAUACAUUGAAUUUAGUUGACUUUAGUGUAUGAUGCCAUGAUGUUGCACAGGUUAACAUUGUAAUACACUGUAUUUAUUAUUUUUUUGCAGUGCUUGUGUCUGAGUAGCUGGUUGUACAAUGUAUUUUGGGGCAGUGCUUGUGCCUGGCUAGCUGGUUGUACUGAAGGCUAGUGGUUGUGUCUGGCUAGCUGGUUGUACUGAAGGCUAGUGGUUGGGUCAGGCUAGGUGGUUGUACUGAAGGCUAGUGCUUGUGUCUGGCUAGCUGGUUGUAUUGAGGGCUAGUGCUUGUGUCUGGCUAGCUGGUUAUAGUGAAGGUUAGUGCUUGUGUCUGGCUAACUGGUUGUUCUUAGGGACAGUGCUUGUGUCUGGCUAACUGGUUGUUCUGGGGAAAAUGUUUGUGCCUGGCUUACUGGUUGUACUGAGGGUCAGUGCUUGUGUCUGGCUUGCUGGUUGUACUGAGGGCCAGUAUGUGUGUUUGGCACGCUGCUGUACUGAGGGGCAGUGCUUGUGUCUGGCUAGCUAGUUGUACUAAGUCAGAUCUGCAUUAGAAAGAUGAAAGAGUCUGGUGUGAGAGAGAUAAAUGCUACCACAAUCUUUGUUUUGCAGUACAUUUGGA